ACACACACGGGGACCACAUGCCUAUACGUUUCCCUGAACUGCACAUGCCCACUCUAAGAUGAGUGGCCUCUCAGCCUGGCUCUGCGGCUGAAACACAGUCUUGGAUGGUUGAAACUGACACGCUGAGAUACAGCUCUCCAGCCCUCAGCCCCCCUCUGCUCCUCCAUCAGACCAGGGGGACAUCGAGUGGAGCAGGACCCACAGAGGAACCGCCACAGAGGCAGCAGCACUGCAGCGGGUCGGUGGAGGAAAGUGAGGCGGGCCACAGGACACUGCACCGCCCAACUUAACGCCUGUCCUGAAUGAAAACCUCUCACGGCACACGGGGCGCAUUAAAAAUACAUAGUCCCUCAGGAGCGCUCCUGUCGCGAGCAGCAAACUCAGAGCACACAUAAAUCAAUAGUGGAGGACACCGAUUUCUUUAUUAUCACUUCCCUCAGCAACGAGCGAACAACGGAUACGCUCACAGACUGGCGGAGAUGGACCUGUACACCCCUGUAAUCCCUCGUUGGAUGCCUGGAGCCUUGUUGCAGUUUUAGAUCACCUAAAAAUAUGCGCCUAAACUCCUAAUUCAAGUCUGUUGUGAGUUGAAAACAGUGUCGACAUUUUCUUCCGUUUAUCUGACUGAGUUUCUUCAAUCCUCUUUCUUCGGUUUGUUUAGGGCCUUGUUGUGCUGCGUUAUCUGACUGCUGAUGAGAACACGGAGACAAAUUGACAGCAAGCUGCAUGAAAACGCAAGAUUCACAAUUAUGUCUCUCCACAAUGGUUACUGAACUACCGAGUUGCUAUUUAUCAAUCCAUCCAAACAAGUUUUAUCUUUGAAAUGAAAAAAUUGUUCGGACCAUUGGUGAUACUAUGUCAGGAUGCAUGCUUGAUCCUCAAUUGGUACAGACAGUUUGCUUGACGGGAACCCAAACUUAAAAUCAUUUUCCACAGCUUCUGUCCCAUAUUAAUCAGGGCACUCCAUCUUCGGAAUUGACAUAUCUGGAACCCAUGUGAGAGAAAGAACAUUAGCAUAUUCAUGAACAUAGACACACUCAAUCAUACGAAAUGGGAGACAAGGACCCAGCCAUAAGCCAUCACGGCCUGGAACAAAUAGCUUCUGACAUGUGAGGAAAGGAGAAUCUGCAGGAGAGCCUCAAGAGCUUAAAUCUCCCAUCGCGACCUCAGCAUAACACGCAGAGCAGAGCACAGCAGAGCAGAGCAGAGUGGAAACCUGGCUAAGCCUGGCGGAGCUGGUCACUUUCAUUAUGCCAUGGUUGCAGCAUGUGUCUUCAGGUCUGAGAACAAGGCCUAUAAUAGGAGUCAAAUUAAAGAAUUGGAUUAAAGAUGGAUUAUCACUGUACUAAAGCCAGCAAAGCAGCCGCUUUCGCUUAAAUCCGGGGGAACGCACUUCUGGGAAAGGGCUCUGGGGGAAUUGAUUUCUGGAUUGCUGACUGUGGACGAGGCGGUCUCCUGUCCGGCCGCCGGUCACAGAGAGAGAUGGAGAGUCAAGACGAGCUGGAGCACCCUCUCCUACGGGAGAGCCCCAAGCACGCUGGCGGCCCGUCUGGCUCCCUGUUCAAGGGCAUCUUGGUGAGGUGUGAGGAGGACAAGGCCUUCCCCCCGCUGGCCUGGAGGAGUUACUGCAGCGGCCCCCCUCAGCAGCAGUUACUGGACCCGUGCUCGCUGCCCCGCACGCUGGAGUCCAUGUACUCCCCUGCCCCCAUCUGGGGUCACCCUGACUCCCUGGCGCUGCACAGGAAGGAGUACCUGGAGACCACCUUCGUGGACGUCCAUCCCGGCUCCUCCCUGGAGAGGAAGCUGCAGGGGGAGGAGCAGGACAGCCACAGCGUGGCGUACAGCCUGGAGGACGAGGACGACCUGCUGCCUGACUUUGAGGACUCAUCCAGCGAGGACUUCAGUGACACAGACAGCGAUAGCAACUUUCCCCUGAUGAUCCCUCAGGACUACCUGGGCCUGGCCUUCUUCUCCAUGCUCUGCUGUUUCUGGCCCCUGGGCAUCGCUGCUUUCUACCUGUCCCAGAAGACUAACAAGGCGUCGGCCGAGGGGGAUUUCCAGGGGGCGAGUGCCGCCUCGCGCCAGGCUCUGUGGCUCUCCGUGCUGUCCAUCGUCUUCGGGAUCAUCACGUACAUCUGUGCCAUUGCUGCUCUCAUCUCCUACCUGUCUGGAAAACCACCGUAAAACCAGGAUAUCUAUAAUCCCAGACACAAACAGACCACACACACAACACCACACACACACAUUUCCAUACAUACACCAACCAUUUCUGGCACAUACCACCACUCUCCUGGGUACACGGUAUACUACAAUCACACCCUUCACCACUUUACCCUGUGCGGACAACUUACCCUGACGUGGAGAGUCCGGAUAAUAAGACAUAAAACCUGGAUACUGGAUUGUGUUAGAGAAACUAGUCAACAUCACAAAUUCUGUGGAACUCAGCAUAUAAACCAGUAGAUAAGAUGAUUGUGUGGCAAUGUAAAUAUCAUCAUAGACCAUGACAACCUAGGACUAAUUCAGCAGUUUAUUUAGACAGACCAGAGUCUGCCCACCAGAAUUUCCCGUCUGCCUGGGUGUGGCUGAGUCUAACGGUCAUGGAGGGUGACAAUGAUGGACUCCGGUAGAUGUGUGUGAAGGUCAUGAUAAGGACACAGGAGGAGCCAAUCCUAAUAGACUUCAGUCUGGGACCCAAAGAAGGACACCCAUAGAGAAUCACUGCUUCAGCAGACCAACCUAUCAGCCAGCUCCUCUGACUUCUCCCUUGAGUGUCUCUGAAUAAAGUACAAACUGAAUAAUGUGCCAAACAGAAGGAAAAGGAA